UGAAAAAUGGCGGCAGAACUUCACGAUUGAGCAGAAGUUGCACGACGUAACUCGUGCGAAUAUCUGUUUUACACGGAUGUAGGAGUCGCUGUCAAGAGUUAAGUAGGUACAGUUUACCUGUGAUGAUGGCUUCCAAUCCUCUGUUCACCGGACCCAAACCAGGCAACCCCCAUCGCCCCGGCAUGUUUACCUACAACAGGCCUGCAGGAAGACCAAACAACAUGGCCGCCACCGCGUCCUCAAACUGUGACGGCAACGGAGAGACUCCCCGCAAAAAGGCCAGACUGGAUGCCAACGCUGCGGAACCCGGCUUCAACGACACUUUUGCGGACGACGACGAAUUUCUGACAGCUGACGACUUGGACCAGAUCGAUUUCAUGGCGUCGCAAGCGUACAGCCAGGCUGAUCCCGCGGUAUCGGCGACAACCGAAUCUCGGCAAGCGAAGCACAACGGCUAUUGUAUGGGCCAAGCGUCUGCCGGUGCAACACGAAACCUUGUCCAGAGCAACGUGCCCAACUUCGAUACCCUCGCAUCAUCCUCUCGUGUCACAAAUAACGUUUUGCACGGCAGCAGACAACCGCAAAACGCGGCCGGAAGACGGCAGACCCAGGGGAGCACAAGUGGAGUGAGCAGCAGUGCGGGCUCCUUCACGUUUAAGUCUGCUAGCGGUAGAACAACGCAAGUUUCAAGCAGCAGUGUGCUACCACCCAAGUGUAGUGAUGUAAAACAAGGUGGGUCAUCCGUUAGGACGAUAGCUCAAAACUCUAGGGAGGUGGAUUUGAAGAGAAAUGGAGGAGGGACGAGUUUUAGGCAGAUGGGAGAAGGACAACAAGUAUCUGCUGCAGCUACAAUAACAACAGGCAGCAAGAUGGGAACUUCAUCUACAACUACAAGGCAAGCAGGGACUGAUAUACACCAAAAAGAAAUGGACAGGCUGAAGGCAGAGUGCGAUAACUACAAAAAACAGUUGGCAUCCCUGCAAGAAGAUCAGUUUGGUAAGGAGGGAGAAAUCAAGAUACUCCGAGACUCCUUGAAAAAACACCAGGAGGAGAUCGACCAGUUCAAGAAAGCCCGCCUGGAGGAGGAAGAAAAGAAGGUCCAGGCUCAGACCGCCAAGGAGAAGGAGAUGCAGAAGGAGGUGGAAAGACUCAAGACGCAGCUUCAGUUUAAGGACGCAGAAGUUACAGAAGCUCAGAACGUAGUUAAGACCUUGGAGCAGAAAUGUAAAAGACUAACGGAGGGGGGAAACAACACUUCAACAACACCUGUUAACAGCCCAAAAGUUGGAGGGAUUCCGGCGAGGUUUAAGACUGAACUGAAGUCUCCGAGAACCCCUGCCAAGGGAAACUUUCCAACCAGGGAGUCAUUCAUGGAGGAUAGUAAUAAGAAAAGGUCACCAGGGCAGGUCAAAGGGGAAGGGUCAGGCGACAGCGUUACUCCAGAAAAGCAUGGAUCCCCAGUCAGAAAGUCGGAGUCCCCUGGGUUAAAGUCCAGACCGCUGCCCUCUCCUGGACAGACCAGCAGUACCAGUGAGGAUCCAGCUGUGCCACAGACGGAGAGACCUCUAGCACUGGGACUGGGUAUUGCAACAGAUGGCUUCUCAGGUCCACUCUUGAUGCAGAAACUUCUACUCCCCGGAAACCUGCCAACAUCAUACGGCAAACAGGAGUCCAACGACGCUUCACAGGGCCUGCUCACCUUGUUCCAGCUGCACUGCCAAGUGGACCAGCCUGCCUCGGGCUCAAAGGAUCAUGGUCAUCUAGGAAGUGCUCAGGGAUCCAGCAAUGCUCAAGUCCCCACUUCAUCUGUUACCAGUUCUACAAGUUUGACCGCAACGCUCAACUCCGAGCACCAUAAACUGGCUCUACACGGGAUGUCUCAUCUUCUAUCUCCCAAAAGAAGAGAAGAAGACAACAAACAAAAUGUCCUUGACAAAGGCUCAAGGUCAUCACUGUCAGCUCUGCUAAAAUGUCGUCCCCAGUCAACAAAAUCUGCGGUCUCCCUUUUCCCUAUGAUAGAAGAUCACCUGUACCAGUACAGGGAUGUCGUACAGACAAAGAUAAACCAUUCUUUUCUCACAAGCGUGGACAGCUCUACCAAAGGCAGUAGUUUUGAGGGAGCUUCCGUGGACUCUAGCAAUUCCAGCGCCCCUGUUUCGGAGACUGUUUUGAGCUUCCGGCAGGCGAAAGAGGGAGCGGUCAAUGCCCUAAGACUGUUAGAGAGGUUGUUGCUGUACUGUCCGGAGGCGGGAAAUGUGCUGAUGCAGGGAUGGGUCAGUUUUCAGUCGCAGGAAACGACCUUGAAGUUGCACGAAAAGGUCAAAAGUAGUAGACGGCAAGAAGAUGACGAUGUCAUGAUUGUGGAGGAAGGAACAAGUAUUCCCUCUUCUGAAAAGAAGAUGCAGACAUCUACAGGUAGCACAUCCACCAUUACAGCAACAGUCUCCAGUUCUGAACAGACCACAGCGCCCCACCAACCUUCCCUCCCCUGGCUCUCCACCUGUCAACUGUUUGGAGAGCUGCUGAAACUACUUGACCUACAGGUCAAUCACAAGGACCACAGUGCACCUGGAGUUACCAUGGCAACACUAGAGGUCCUGGUAGCACUGGCCGCAAGCUGCGACAAGAAAUACUUGGUUAACUUCAAGCCGCUGUUUUCAGCUCCCCUGUUGCCGUCCUGUCUGACUGAAGACUGUGAAGUGAUGACUGUCACCCUGUGUGCUCGGUUACUGGUGACCCUCACUCCAUGUGCAGCUCUGGUGUCUUCUUUCUGCACUCAAAAUGAGUCUUGCCCACUACUGAACAUGUACUACCACAGUGAGCAACAAGGGGGCGCUGAUGCACAGCAGUGGGUGACAAUGCAGCAACAGGUUGUGAUGUUCCUGUCCACAGUGUUGUCUACCCACCCAGCAGGCACUGCUCUACUGGUCAGGAGGGACUGUCAGUGUAGUGUGAAGGUAGUGAGAUCACUGGUGAUGAUGUUGUACGGAGCUGUGAAGGAAGUGUUGGAGAAUGGGGAGACUUUGUCAGCCAGGAGACAUCUACAGCUCCUAAGAAGUGGUGUCCUAGUCCUGCACCACCUGAGUCUACACGACCCCCUGUAUGGAGAACACCACGGUCCUGUAGAACACCUCUACAUCUCACUGGUACACGGGCUCAAGAAAGUCUUCUCCAAACUCACAGACGUCAGGGAAAAUGAAGAAGUUGCUGUGCACGACUUGUGGGAGUUGGACCAUCUGGAUGACAGUGGUGGCUCACAAGAUGCUCACAUGGAGGUGGACCCGUGAAGAACAAAUAAAAACUAAUUUUUAAUUUUGGGGCCUUUCAACCCCAAAGGCUAGGCU